AUGGCAUCGGCGGCGGCGGCGGCGGCCGCGGAGUGGGAGGCGGCGGCGCGGAAGGUGCUGGUGGCGCGCAAGCCCUGCUUCGGGCUCCCUACGGCCUGCCCUACCUGCCUCCCCGUGUUCCUCUACCUCCGCAUGGCGCAGGUUCCCUUCGACAUCCACGUCGACACCAACUUCCCCGACGCCGAUCACAUACCAUAUGUUGAAUUUGGGGACUGCGUGGCUUUCAACAACGAGAAAGGAGGCGUGAUUGAGUACCUCAAGGAUGAAAAAAUUGUUGACUUGAACUCAAAUCACCCAAGUGUUUCAUCCACCGAUGUGCUAGAGACGAAGGCCAUGGUUUCGACCUGGCUUGCUGAUGCUUUGCUGUAUGAUCUCUGGGUGGUUAGUGAUGGAAGCAUUGCAAAUGAUAUCUACUUCUCUGAUCUCGCUUGGCCCAUUGGAAAGAUACUCCAUUGGAAGAAAACUAGACAUGUGAAGCAACUACUGGGUAUAACAAAGCUCAAUGCUGCAGAAAAAGAAGAGGAGAUAUACCGGAAGGCAAGUGCUGCAUAUGACUCAUUAUCUAUCAGAUUAGGGGAUCAAGUCUUUCUAUUUGAUAACAGCCCUACAGAUGUUGAUGCUCUUUUCCUUGGACAUGCUCUUUUUGUCCUCAAUGCGUUGCCUGAUACAUCUGUGCUGAGGGGCACUUUGCAGAAGCAUGACAACUUGGUGAGAUUUGCUGAGCAUCACAAGGUCCAAUUGCUGGAAACCUCAUCAUCGUCAUCAUCAGGAUUAGGAUCAUCACCUAGUCCAUCAUCAUCCACCCCCAGGAGAAGACCAUCUUCUGACCAAAGUUAUAAGCCAAAACCCAGAACUAAGAAGGAACGGACAGAAGAGGAAAAGAAAUUCAGGCGAAGAGCAAAGUAUUUCCUGGCCACACAACUUGUUGCAGUUCUUGUCUUCCUGUCGCUGAUGGGUGGGGUUGAUAGUUCCGAGCUAGACGACGACGAUGGUUUAGAUUAUGAAGAUUAG